GGCGACUGUUUCACACCCGUUCUACGGCGUACGUCAAUCAGUAGCGGGAUUUUUUUUUUAUAUCUUAUUUAAUGUCGUCAGUUUAUAUUAACACAAGUCAACACCCGUUCGCUGUUCACCGCUGUUGCUGUGUGUAUGUAUGUAUAUAUUCAUACAUUAGUUGUAUAUAUACAUAUACAAUCGGUUGUUUAGAUUUAUUUCGAGCUUAGACGCAUAUCAGGAAGGAAGAGUGACGCGUUAGUACCGGAGAAAUAUGUAAUUAUUGUGACUUAAAUUUAUUGUUUUUUUACAAGUUAAAUAUUGCUUUAUUUUUCUAUUGUUUGUAAUUUAUUAUAAGUAAUUAUUUAACGGUUCAGAAUAACGUGUUUUGUUGGAUAAAAGUGAUUUUUAUGCGUGUUAACCUAGAAAUAGGAUUGUGUUUAUGACAUUUGUUUGGAGUUUAUUUGAGUUUGGGAUUGUCUUAACAGACUUAUUGGAAAUAACAAUAAUAACAGAGAAAAACAGAUUCAAGGUUAAACAUGUUAGAUAUUUAGAUUGUGAGUUAUUUAUUUCUGGAGCAGUGCAAAGAAUUGUAUUUGUGAAUUUUUGAGAAUAAAGGAUUGUUGAUUUACUGCUACUUGUUCUACAACAACAACAACCACUGCUACUACUACUAAUUCUACUGCAGUAAUAAUAGUAUAAGUAAAAAUAAAAACAAGUGACCAAAGAAACAUGUGAUGCGACUUUUACGAAACGGUGUUGCAUGGUUGAGAUGCAUUAUACGUCGAUAUCCCACGAUUUGCCUGGUGAAUUUUUUCCUUCACACCAAGGAUCAAAGGAUAAAUAUUUUGCCAAUGAUACUAACUCCUCCAGUGGUAACUUGUUACCCGGUGACAUGAACCAAGGCGAUAAAAUUUACAAGGACCGCAAAGAGCACAAAGAAAAAUAUCGAGCAUACCGGAAAUACUCAGAGCUGACACCGCCAACUCUACAUUCCUAUGAUAAUUAUGGAAACUCAUUGGGAAGUAAGUCAAAUUCAUUACCAGGACGAUCCAACACAACGCUACAUGGAUCCGAGCCACUGGUGGCUACUGGAAUUUCACCAGAAGACCUCGCGAACCAGUUAACACUUCUAGAUCUGAGUGUCUUCAAAGCAAUAAGGCCUGAAGAGCUGUCGAGCUGUUCAUGGAACAAAAAAAAUAAACUUCUGGUAGCUCCAAAUGUCGUUGCAUUCACGCGACGAUUUAACCAUGUCAGCUUUUGGACAGUCCAGGAAAUUCUUAAUUUUUCGACGCCUAAACAGCGUUCGGAAAUGAUUGCGCAUUUUAUUCGGGUCGCUAAGAAAUUAUACGACUUGAAUAAUAUGCAUUCAUUAUUUGCCAUUAUAUCCGGCCUCCAAAGUGCUCCAAUAUAUAGGCUCAAUAAAACAUGGGCAUGUCUUUCUAAAAAAGACAAAUGUACAUUUGAUAAACUCGCUGAAGUAUUUAGUGAUAAAAAUAAUUGGACUAAUUUACGUGAACACAUGGUUACUCUUAAAUUACCAUGCAUUCCUUACCUUGGUUUAUUUCUUACUGAUCUUGUUUAUAUUGAUAUGGCUCAUCCACCGUCUAAAAAUAAUGAAAAUCAUCAACGAGCUAUAAAAAUGAAUACUGUGCUAACAAGAGUGACAGUAUUCCAAGCAAGCGAAUACUCUGGAAUAAUUCCAUUACCUGAUGUACAAAGAUAUUUAAACAAUGUUCGUUAUAUCGAAGAACUUCAAAAAUUUUUAGAAGACGAUCAUUUUAAACUGUCAAUAAAACUCGAGCCUAACUCACCAGUUGCCUCGUCAAGCAGCAGUAAAGAGUCUGUAGGUGAUGUUGUAACAGGUGUAGCCGCCCUUUCAUUGUCUCCCGCACGUGGUUGCGCGGGUUCUUUAAGAUUACACGCGGCUUCUGCUGCCAACAAAUUCGUUCCUGGUCAUCGCAAAUGUCGCAGCUUAGGAACAAAAUUUCGUAGCACGAGCCUUCCACGCAACUUUCAUAAGCAAGGAGGUCGAUAUGGAACUAGCUUUGGAACUUCUGGUAUAUUUGGUAAAUCAAACGUACCACCUGUGGAAACAAGUCAAGUGACUGUUCGUCAUCUUCUAGAUGAUUCAGUGCUAGAAGAGCCUCAUUUGGUAUCACCAACUAUUGAUUUGGAUGAAAAUUCACCAGAGACUCCGGUUGAUUCACUCAAUGACGACUGCAGUUUACUUUCUCGUGUUAGUACCCUUCCUAUUCUACCUUGUGAAAUUGAUGGUGUAAUGGAGCCACGUUGUUCGAUGCAAGGAUCAUUAAGACGUAAAGUUAUUCUAAGAGAUGGCAAAAAACCAGCGGUUUCAACUUGGCAAAGAUACUGGAUACAACUAUGGACAACUUCGAUCGUUUAUUUUUCACCAAAAUGUUUCAAAGGAUGCGAUAGAUCCGAUUUCAAACGUGAACCAUACAAAAUGGUAUCAAUAUUAGGAUGGAUUGUUGAGUAUGGUGAUAGUAUAUUUCAUCGAGACACUUUUUUAUUGACUGAUCCCAAUAAAGGCAAUGUUUAUAAAUUUCGUGCUGGAUCAAGUGAAUACGCAGAGCAGUGGGUGAAAGAACUUCGCGCAAUUGUUCGAGGAAUGAUUGAUAAGAAACCAGUUCCUGCAAAUCUCAUGUCUUUUGAGUAAAUCUUGUUUUUUCUUUUUCUUUUUUUUUUUUUUUUUUUUUUUUGUGUUAAAAUAACCUAAUUUA